GCCCUGACUGUCCGAGGGCGGCGCAGGUGCUUGCAGGACCAGUGGGGAGGAUGUUGUUAGGGGAAGAGCUGGGGUGAUGAGGAAAGUUCAGGAGUCCUUUGGGCGUAAGCGGGAGUUGGGGUGGUUGGAGGGCUGAUAACUCUGAGACGGUGCGGAUCUUCGGUUCGGAAGGCAGAAUUUGUCUUGAAGUUUGUCUGAAGUACUGAUGGUGGGCGUAACAGAAGAGAAGUUACCAUGGACUAACUUUCUGGGAUUUCCUUGGCGCUGCACUUGAAACUGGGAGGAAGCCGGCGAGGACUGGCCUGCAGUGAUCUUAGUGGGAAGCAUCUGUAACUAGACCCUUGCGGGCGAGCCUGCGAGUGAUUGCUGUCCGCGGUGCUGAAGACGAGCCUGUGGCGCCUUGAGGAGGAAACCCGAUGAGGGCAGGGCGCUGUUUGUUUCCCUUGGCUGGGCUCAGCGCCCUACGCUCAAACGUGUGUGCUGAAGGAAGAGCUCAGUCUUUCUAUGGGCGCUGGACACUCAGCAGACAGUCAGUGUUUCAUUUCAUAAAAUUUAGGGAAGUCAGUACUUCAUUCCAGGGAGGAAUUUCGUUCCUGUUUUUCCUCUCCCUUAGGGCAGGCAUCUUCAGCUUUUGCACCCAACCAGAUGCUUUGCCUUCAGGCUCCAAGCCUUCAAAGCACAUCACUAGACCUCAGUCUGUAUUGGUCCAGGCUCUUCAGCCAAGCAGAAAGCUUAUAAGGCAGCUUUGACUAAAAAUGACUUCCCUGUUCGCUCAAGAAAUUCGCCUUUCCAAAAAACAUGAAGAAAUAGUAUCACAAAGAUUAAUGUUACUUCAACAAAUGGAGAAUAAAUUUGGAGAUCAAAACAAGGAAAAGGCUUCUCAGAUGCAAGCAGCUGAGACUGCUUUUAAAAGGAACCUUAGUCUUUUAAAGGAUAUAGAAGCAGCAGAAAAGUCUCUGCAGACCCGGAUUCACCCACCUCCACCGCCUGAGGUGGCUUCUCUUGAGACUCUUUACUGGGCAUCAGUAGAAGAAUAUAUUCCCAAAUGGGAACAGUUUCUUUUAGGAAGAGCACCAUAUCCUAUUGGUGUUGAAAAUCAAAAUGAAGCAGAAAAUAACAUUCAAAAUGAGGCGCAGCGAUAACUUCUUCACACACUAUUUCAAAAAACGUGUUUAGUAAAGCUGAGUAUUAAAGAAUUUGCAGGUUAUUGCAGGAACUUGAGGAAUCGAAUAUGUUCAUGACAUAUGAACCUCUUCAAUGACAUGAAGAUGUGAGAAUCUACUGGCAAGUCUCAGGUUAUCACUUAGAGACCUACUACUAUUUCAGUGUCAUGAAUUUGCUUUCUACCAAACCCCAUGAAAGUGUUAAAAACUAAUAUUGAAAGGAGGACUGUUUAUUAAAUAAGUUGCUA